AUGUCCCAAAACAAAAAGGCGAGGAAACAACAAGAAGAAGCAGCUGCCGACAGUGAUACAAUUAAAAUUUCCUCCGACGAAGAGCAAACUACUGAAAAAACAAUCAACACCGGCAGCGUUGCGAGCCAUAUUUACACGCUGGGCAGCAAUGUCGCGUCAUUUGCACAACGAAAUCGCUGUCGAACACCCAGCCGCAGUCCGUGCGAAAGCAGCAGCUCCUCGGCAAUUUCCUUCUCACUACGUUCGUUAGACUACGAAGCCGAAGCCGAUGAGGAGGAUGCCAACGAAUGUGAGGGCAUGGAAUUGCAGCGCAAAUUGGCUGGUGGCAAUGAUAAUCUGAUGCAUGUGCAGAAUUUCCUCAAUUAUUUCGAUGGACAGCAGCAGCGGCAGCAGGGAAAGCAAAAACCCUCAGCAAUAUGUUGUGUCACACAGUUAAAAGAAGAAAUGUUGCGAAAGCAAGAGCAGCAUAAUGUGGAUAAAUAUGUUGCAAUAGCUGUCACUGAACCUAACCAACUUUCCGCGUAUGUUGAGCCACGUGCAGUCGAUGAGUUGUUGACACCUCAACACCAGCAAUUGGAUUUCGUGUCGACAACAGUAAUCACGACUGCUACUUCCGCACUGGCAACAGCAAUCACCCCAACAACUACGGCGAGCGCUGCAAAAGUAAGCAGCAAGCCAUGUAAAUUUACAAUAUCAACAAAGUUUUUGCGCAAGCCGCGUCACAAAUUGAAAUCGGUAAAUUUAGCGCCGACAGCGGAUGUAAACAAUGUAUUGGCGAAAACAACGACAACAGUGGCAACUGAUAAAGUGUUGCAGGCAUUGCAAGAUCAGCAACAGCUCAACGGUAAUAAACAGUUGUUGUUGCAACAAGAACAACAGCAGCAAUCACAACAACAACGACAGCAAUCUUUGUAUGUCGACGAACCGAAUGUUAAAUUCAAUUCGAAUUUCUCCAUAAAUUCACUUUUGAAUAAAAAAUAAUAAUAUUAUGUAACCAAAUUGAAAUUCCAUAAUAUGUACUCGUCUACAACUGUGGCCAUCAAUAUUUGUACAUAUAAAUUAUAAUGUUAGGAAUUGUACCAUAGUUUGCUAAAACAAUUUUUCUAUUGUUUACUCUGAAAAUUCAUUUGUUAUCAAUAUUACUGGUUAACUUAGCCUAACAUUGACAUACAUAUGUAUUUCUGAGAUUCCUUUACUUGAUUUUUUUUUUUAAUUCUUGUCCAGUCGCUAUUACCUUUCGAAAGAUCUACCCGCUCAAAUUUAAAGUUUUUCUAAUCUAUUGUAAAGUUUUAAUAGUUAAUUUUCUAUAGAAAUCUAGUUUUCUAUAAACAAUUAGCAAAAAAGAAAUUUUGUUUGGAAUAAAUUUGUCUACAAAUAGCUUGGGAUGUCCUGCAAUUCGAAACUCGAAAUUAUUUCUAUUUUUAAUACAUUUUACUACUCAAGUGACAUUAUCUAAACGAUAAAAAAAUAUUUUAUAGACAAAUCGUUUAUUUAACUAUUUAAAAACAAUUAUGUACUAACAUAUUUUUUGUGAAAGAAAGUGUGUUAGAAAACAGGAAAACCAGAAACAGAAAACCCACCAAAUUCUCCACUUGUAAACAAUAAACAGUCAACUGGUUGCUAAAACCAUAAAAUAGCCUUCAAAUCCAUAGUCAAAAGCAGUAAAUAAACUGUUGCAAAGCGCAUACCACAGUUGCCAAUUAGAAAGCAUUAUAUAUAUAUAUAUAUACAUAUACAUGUAUAUCGAAAAGUAACCUUAAUAUAUAGAAAUAGUUAUUUUUCUUUAUAUUAAAUACGCGUUUAUAUAGUAUAUUGCUGAUUGAGGAAAUGUCUUAAAAUUCUAGUAUAUCCUUCUCUAUUGUUUACUAUUUAUUCUCAUGUAGGUAUGUAUGUAUAAUCAACGAGCUGAUUUCCCUAAUAGCUAUGUAAGUUGUAAUUUUAACCAAAUUUAUAACAGAAGAACCUGUAUCUCUUUUAUUAAAUAGUCUUACAAUUAGUACUUUUUGUUUUAAAGUCAACGAUCACAUAAUUUUAGCGAAUAAACGAAAUAAGUACUCAUACUCAUAGUUAUAAAAGUUUUAAUUGGGUAUCUACUACUCAAUAAUAUCGUGCGUCUGUAACUGUAUAAUUAAUGUUUGAAGCGACACAUUGUAUAUAUAAUAUUUAAGUAUAACGACUAUAAAAACAAAAUUAAACAAAUAAAAUUAUUAAAGCAACUGCUAAACACUUCGAAAGAA